UGUCUCCUGUUGCUUCAGAGAGUUUCUGCAGACUCGAUCAGUGCAGGUCAGCAGGUACACUCUCUAUCCCGUCAUCUAACUUUCGUGUCUGAAGCGCAUCGCGUUUGUGAAUGUGUCGUUUCGUUCGUCACACCGGGAACCUGAAACCAUGCAGCUGAAUGUGGCCGAGCUAAACCUCUGAGAUGGAGAAAACUACAGCAGAAGAUGACUGCGUGGAUUCAGGAGCCGAAACCGGAGGGUCUGAUUACAGUCCCCUGUCCUCAACGAGCAGUGAGUUAUCCAUGGGCGAGCUCCAGGAUCCCUUCCUCGUCAGUGUCCAUCUCAUCGCCGACCCCGGCCAGGGCAAGUUCCUGCAGCGAGCUGCCGAUGCUGUGCUGGCGUGGGUUCACCCCGAGCUGCAGCUCUUCAGGGUCUCAGAGCGGGCCUCCGUCUCCCAGCGGCCCUGGCCCAAGCACCAUCAAAAAUGCGACCAGGCAACAGCCUGCCAGCCCACCAUAGCAGUCAUCGUCUUCCUCCAGGAGGCUUAUGGCGGUGAGGAGCAGAUACUGAUGCUGCACCGCGCUCUGCAGAGGCCACCAUGGAGAUACCAUCACACUGAAAAAGUCAGUAAUGGCCAGCGGAUGCUCCCACUGUCGCCAUGCAGCCAGGACUUCUUCACUCUGUCUCCUGGAACACCGCUGUGGGCCGUGCGACAGGUGCAUUACGGGAAAGAAAUCGUACGAUUUACUGUUUACUGCCGAUAUGAGAAUUAUGUGGACAUGGUGCGGCUGUACAAGCUGCUGCUUCAGCGGAGGGUAGCGCAGAAGAAGGAGGACUUUUGCUUCUUCGUAGUUUACUCCAACCCAGAUAUGGAGAUCCAGCUGUCGUUUAAGAGGCUCCCUCGAGGUCAGCCUCUGGUGGUGCUGGAGUCAGCGGUGAUGGAGGUGAGGGUACGGGAUGUUGGAGUGCUGGUGCCCCUGCUGCCGCACCCCUGCAGCCCAAUCAGCGAGGUCCGCUGGCAGACGGAGGACUACGAUGGAAACAAGAUCCUCCUGCAGGUGCAAAGUGCUAAACACAGACAAGAACACUGCCACAUAUCGUCCACCGUCGCUGAAUCGGCCUCGGCUCCUUCCACCUUCAACCGCACCGGCGUCUCCCAAAGGAACCGUCGGUAUCAUCAUCGGGGUUCAUCCCAUCCUAGAGUCCACCACCACCAGACCUCCCAGUGCUCCCAUGCGCAGGCCUGCGAGGAGCCAGAUGAGCCGGAGCAGUGGCCCGUCUGUCACCACCAGGACAGCUGGAGGACCGAGUGGAGGGGCCACCGCUCAGGCUCCCUCUUCUCUCUGCCUAACCUUGGCUCCGGCAGCUCUCGCUCCACCUCAUCCUCUCCUGGGCCCUCCUCCAGCCCCCACCACAGGAGCCACUCCCUGAACCGGAGGUCCUCCCUCAUUCCGCCCUUCCGACUCAACGUUGACGCUCUGAUUGGUGCAGAGGAGACAGACGUGGACACGGGGGACCAAGUCAAUGCAGGUAACAGUGUGGACUUCACAGUGGUGUCUGCGUACAUCAAAUCCAACCUGCCACAGACUUGUAGGCCGUCAUCUGCUCCACCCGAAGACAUCGGACCCUCCCUUUCUCCUGGCAUCCCUGAGAACACCACCUACAAGUCAGCCACACUAGGCCGGACUCCAUACAGCCUCCCCACCUACAGCACUCCCUCCACCCUGCUGUGGUCGUAUCCCCAUAGCCCCAGUGUGACCACAAGUGCCGCCCCGUCCCUGUGCGACGUGUCCAUAAACCAGUCUGACAGUUGCAGCGUUAUUAGUGCACCGGUGGAAGAAGCAGACGAAGAAGAAGACCAAGAAUUCUACAUCUGAUCAACCUCUGUAUUCUGAGAAUCUGUAAUCUGAAAUGAGUUGCUCAGUAGUGACAGACGUCAGGGCCGAGACAGUCAAAACAGCUCUAUUCUGCACUCUGGUGUUUGACAGUAAAACUACAGGCCAGUGAAAACAGGCUCAAACUGUAUUUAAUGUUCUCGUGUAUUUUUGAGUGUUGCUUUUUUUUCACAUGCAGAUUUAGGCUUUGUAAGUAUCAGGACAUAUAAGUGAAUUAAGUUAAAGGACCAAUCAUGUAACUGUACAGAUACACUAUGUAAUAAAACCAUUUGUCUCUAUUUACCCAACUUCUUUUAUUUAGAUGCAUAAAAUAAAUAAAUCAACCAAGUCACUAUGGCUGUAGUAAAAAUUUAUAAUUCUUCUUUAGUGAGGCUAAUGCAAGGUAAUUCAAAAAUCCAUGUAUAUGCUUUGCAGCUCAUUGGUUUUCUUAAGGGGGAUGGAAAAUGCAUCAGAGCACCUUGUCAGAUUCGUAUGCCUCCGCGCUGGUGACUGCAGUUUGCCGGAGGCUUUAUGGUUUUCGUGCUGUCCUUAAGUCCGUCUCACUCCUGUGAACGCAAUAUCUAAUAAUGCCUUCAGGGAAUUGCCUCAAAUUUGGUACAAAUUUUAACUUGGACUCAAGUAUGACUUCUUUAGACUUGACAACUUUGCCUUUAAUUUUCUCAAAAAUUCGACAAUAAAAUCUUCUGAAACUUGACAUGCUGACAGUGGGGGUCACCAUGAACAAUAGUGAGGUGAUAUAUCUCCGUCACCUUUUAAGGAUUUUUCCAUGCCUCCACAGUGGCGACAGCCAGCGGACAGAGGCAUUAUGUUUUCGAGUUGUCUGUCCUUCUGUACCAGCUUGAAAGACAAAACUUACAUUUUUUAGCAGUUCAGUGCUGUCCUCUUGUGUUCAUCUUUGAGGCAAGAGAUUUUAUUUGAACAUU